UGUAAGAGGAAAUCCAUGGCAGAAAAUAUGAGUUUGGCGAUCGAUCCAAGGAGUGGGUUUUGCCGGUCCAAUUCCACCUUCUACAGCAAGCGCCACACCAUUCCCCUCCCCAAGAACCACUCCCUCGACGUCACCACUUUCAUUUCGUCUCGAGCCCACCACGGUCAAAUUGCCUUCAUCGACGCCACCACCAGCCGCCACCUCACAUUCUCCGAGCUUUGGAAGUCCGUUGAUUCCGUCUCCACGUGUCUUUCCGAUAUGGGUAUCCGGAAAGGCCACGUCGUCUUACUCCUUUCACCCAACUCCAUCUUCUUCCCCAUUGUUUGCCUCUCUGUUAUGUCCCUCGGCGCUAUCAUAACCACCACCAACCCUCUCAACACCGCUGGUGAAAUCGGGAAACAAAUCGCAGAUUCAAAGCCGGUUCUCGCCUUUACCGUCUCUCAACUUCUCCCUAAAUUAGCCGGGUCCGCCAUUCCAAUCGUGCUACUAGACGAUCACGUGAACAGUGACGCUGGGGGAGCGAAGAUUGUGACGACUUUACAUCAGAUGACGAAGACGGAACCGAGUGGGAGUCGAGUCAGGGACCGAGUCACCCAGGACGACACGGCGACUCUGCUUUAUUCGUCCGGUACAACCGGUGCCAGCAAAGGGGUGGUUUCAUCUCAUAGAAACCUGAUAGCUAUGGUACAAACAGUGAUAAACAGGUUCAGCCUAGAAGUAGGAGAGAGGUUCAUCUGCACGGUUCCCAUGUUUCACAUCUACGGCUUAGUAGCGUUCGCCACCGGGCUGCUGGCGUCUGGGUCGACGGUCAUAGUUUUAUCCAAGUUCGAGAUGCACGACAUGCUGUCAACAAUCGAGAACUACCGCGCCACCUACCUCCCUCUCGUGCCGCCGAUUCUGGUGGCGAUGGUAAACUCCGCCGAUCAGAUACGAAAGAAGUAUGAUACGAGUUCGUUGCACUCAGCACUGUCUGGUGGUGCGCCACUGAGUAGAGAAGUGAUCGAGGGAUUUCUGGAGAAGUACCCGAAUGUAAAGAUUCUUCAGGGGUACGGUUUGACCGAGUCGACUGGGAUCGGUGCGUCGACGGAUUCGUUGGAGGAGAGCCGGAGGUAUGGUACGGCGGGGUUGUUGUCACCGAGCAUGGAGGCUAAGGUAGUUGAUCCGGAGAGUGGUAAGGCUUUAACGGUGAAUCAAACGGGUGAGCUUUGGCUAAAGGGUCCCUCCGUUAUGAAAGGUUAUUUCAGCAAUCCAAAAGCAACGACAUCGACUCUUGAUCCUAAGGGUUGGCUGAGGACCGGAGAUUUAUGCUAUAUUGAUAAAGAUGGAUUCAUUUUCAUAGUUGACAGGUUGAAGGAGCUGAUCAAGUACAAGGGAUAUCAGGUUCCUCCAGCAGAGCUUGAGGCAUUGCUCCUUACCCACCCUGAAAUUUUAGAUGCUGCCGUUAUUCCGUUUCCUGAUAAGUUGGUUGGGCAGUUUCCGAUGGCAUAUGUGGUGAGAAAACCCGGAAGCAAUAUAUUGGAGACCGACAUCAUGGAGUUCGUGGCUAAACAGGUUGCCCCAUACAAAAGAAUAAGGAAAGUGGCACUCGUAGCUUCAAUACCCAAGAAUCCAUCAGGCAAGAUUCUGAGGAAGGAUCUAAUAAAGCUAGCCACCUCCAAACUUUGAUCGCUUUUAAUUCAGGCUUUUCUUC